AUGGUUGGUAAAAGAACACCUGUGCUGCCCCAGAGAACCUUAUGCAUUUCACCCUCAACUUUUCCUCCAUCACUUAUUGUUACAGUGGAUGACCUUUUAAAAGGCUGCUACCAAUUUACGGCAGCUGAAUGGCGGGGGACUGUUCAAAGAGGAAAAAAAAAAGGGAAUAUCUAUCUAUCUAUCUAUCUAUCUAUCUAUCUAUCUAUCUAUCUUUUAAAUGCAUACUUGUUUUCUAUGAAUCUACGAGUGAGUACAUACAUAUCUUUCUAUCUACCUACUUUCUAUCUAUCUAUCUAUCUAUCUAUCUGGGAUAAUUCAAUAAAUAGGCCCACCUCUUUGCGUUGCGUAACGAUUUUACCAGCUGAACCCCCACUGAACAUACUCACUUUAAGGUUUCAGACGUUAUGCGCAUCACCAAACCCGACUUCGCACACCGAGAUCAGACCUGAUUCUCUAUUCACAUCACUUUCGACAAAUCUGUUUAAUCUCUCUCUCUUUCUCUGUCUAUCUAUGAGUUUAAGUAUAUUUGUCUAUCUUUGUAAAUCUCUUUCUGUUUGUUUCUCCCUCUCUCUUAUUCUGUGUGAGUUUGUCUACUCGUAUCUCUCUAACUGUGGAUUUCUUUCUCUCUAUGUAUCUAUUUAUCGUAGUAUGCUUGUCUGUGUUUGUUUGUCUCAUAAUUUACUUCAGUCUUUAAGUCUUUCUCUCUAUCUAUUCUCUCUCUCUCUGAAUCUUUAUCUUUGCGAAACUCAAUCUGUUCUUCUCUCGCCUCCUCUCUGCAAAACUCAAUCUGUUCUUCUCUCGCCUCCUCUCUGCAAAACUCAAUCUGUUCUUCUCUCGCCUCCUCUCUGCAAAUCCCAGUCUCUUUGCUUCACUUCCCAGUCUCCUACCUCUCUCUUUUUGUUCCACUCCUUCUCUAUCUCUGUUCACGCACAUUCUCUCUCUCUCUCUCUCUCUCUCUCUCUCUCUCUCAUAUACAUAUAUGAGAAGGAGAGAUAG